AUGAGUGUUGAGAAUAGAAGAAACCUGCAAAUCGAUACUGAGCGAUCGGAGCAACUUGCUAAGCAGCUACGAAAAUAUGCCUCGGGCACGUCUGGCGAUCCUACACUCCACGAUAUGCUGGGCAUGUUCUCGGAAACGGAGCGACUUAAGCCAGAGGAAUCUUGGUACUGCAACAAAUGUCGUGAUCAUGUAGAAGCAACGAAGAAAUUGGAGUUGUUCCGUCUUCCACCAGUGUUGAUCGUUCAGUUGAAGAGAUUUGUUUAUACAGCGACAUACCAAACAAUGCAUCGUCGAAGCAAGGACGAACGUCGAGUCAUCUAUCCUAUUUCUAACCUUGACAUGUCCCCUUUCUUAGCCGAAACAGCGCCUGCAGACCAGAAUACUAUUUAUGAUCUUACUGGUGUUGUCUGCCAUUCUGGAAGUAGUUACUUUGGACAUUAUGUCAGUAUUGGUCGUCUUGCUGGUUUUGAUUCCACAGAUACUGUAGUUGACUGGCGUCUCUUCGAUGAUUCGAUCGUCUCAAAACAGUCUGUUAAUAAUGUACAAUCUGAUGAUGCCUAUUUACUUUUCUACAAACAGCGUGGUGUGCCUACUAAGUCGAUAUUCAGGUAA